UCCUCUGGGCUUGCUUGCUGCUUACGUUUAGUAGCAAUAUUUUAAUCUACACAUCUGAUUUAUUUGGCGCCGGACUAACAGACGUUAAAUUAUCUUGCGUGAUAAUUAAAUUGUUAAUAGUGCAAACUAGCAAUGCGAGGCGAUCGUAAGCUUGUCUGAAAAGCCUCAUAAUAAGAACAAGAAAUAACGAUGCCUUCCCCGAUGGAGGGAUCUUCCACAGAAGGUGACCUCUUUACUGUGAAACAUGAGCUGAAAAAUGCCAACCUGACGGGCCAUGUAGAGAGAGUGGGCAUUGAAAACUUUGAGCUAUUAAAGGUUCUAGGCACAGGAGCGUACGGCAAAGUGUUCCUGGUGAGGAAAGUGAGUGGUCAUGAUGCAGGGAAGCUGUAUGCCAUGAAGGUUUUGAAAAAGGCCACAAUUGUACAAAAGGCAAAGACUGCCGAACACACAAGGACAGAGCGGCAAGUGUUGGAGCACAUCCGCCAGUCUCCGUUCCUCGUCACACUUCACUACGCCUUCCAGACGGAUACCAAGCUGCACCUCAUUCUGGAUUAUGUAAACGGGGGGGAACUCUUUACACAUUUGGUGCAAAGGGUGCGAUUUAAAGAGCAAGAAGUAGCCUUGUACAGUGGAGAGAUUGUGUCGGCACUAGAGCAUCUACACCAGCUUGGGAUAGUCUAUCGGGACCUAAAACUUGAGAAUAUUCUACUGGAUUCAAGUGGUCAUAUAGUUCUCACAGACUUCGGCCUGAGUAAAGAAUUUGACGAGGUGGAAAGAGCGUUUUCUGUGUGUGGCACUAUCGAGUACAUGGCUCCAGAAAUUGUGGAAGGAGGAGAGUCCGGACAUGAUAAGGCAGUUGACUGGUGGAGCCUCGGCGUAUUGAUGUACGAGCUUCUGACUGGCGGAUCACCCUUCACCGUUGAUGGAGAUGAGAACUCGCACACAGACAUCGCCAAGAGGAUUUCAAAGAAGGAUCCUCCUUUCCCCAAAGACAUGGGACCUCUGGCCAAAGACCUCAUCCAGAGACUCCUCAUCAAAGAUCCAAAGAAGAGACUGGGCUCAGGUUCUAAUGGAGCGGAGAAUGUAAAAAAACACCCGUUUUACCAGAAAAUUAACUGGGAGGACUUGGCAGCUAAGAAGGUUCCUGCUCCGUUCAAACCGGUGAUUCGGGAUGAGUUGGACGUCAGCAACUUUGCAGAUGAGUUCACAGAGAUGGAUCCCACUUACUCUCCUGCAGCUCUGCCUCAGAACUGUGACCGCAUCUUCCAGGGAUACUCUUUCAUGGCCCCCUCCAUCCUGUUUAAGAGGAAUGUGGUGAUGGACGACCCUGUCCAGCUGUGUGGGGGCUCGGAGAGGCCAGGCUCUGCUGCUGUGGCCCGCAGCGCCAUGAUGAAGGACUCUCCCUUCUAUAUGGGUUAUGAGAUGGACCUGAGGGACAGCGUUCUGGGAGAGGGAAGCUUCUCUAUCUGCAGGCGCUGCACACACAAGAAGACAGGACAGAAGUAUGCAGUCAAGAUAAUCAGUAAGAGAAUGGAGGCCCAGACUCAGCGGGAAAUAGCAGCCCUGAAACUCUGCGAUGGCCACCCUAACAUCGUCAAGCUACAUGAAAUUUACCACGACCAGCUUCACACAUACCUGGUCCUGGAGCUGCUGGGUGGAGGGGAGCUGCUGGAGAGGAUCCGUAGGAAGCAACAUUUCAGCGAGACAGAGGCCAGCCGCAUCAUGCGAAAGCUGGUGUCUGCCGUCAGUCACAUGCACGACGUAGGAGUGGUGCACAGGGACCUGAAACCGGAGAACCUGCUCUUCACAGACGAGAGUGAGAACUCCGAGAUAAAAAUCAUAGACUUUGGCUUUGCUCGCCUCAAACCGCCAGACAAUCAGCUCCUGAAGACUCCCUGCUUCACACUGCAGUACGCAGCGCCAGAGAUACUCAAAUAUGACGGCUACGAUGAGUCCUGUGACCUGUGGAGCCUGGGGGUCAUUCUGUACACUAUGCUGUCUGGCCAGGUGCCUUUUCAGUGCCAGGAGAAGAGCCUGACUCACACCAGCGCUGAGGAAAUUAUGAAGAAAAUCAAACACGGGGACUUCUCUUUUGAAAGCGAGGCCUGGAGAAAUGUUUCCCAGCAGGCCAAGGACCUUAUACAAGAGCUGCUGACGGUGGACCCAAACAAGAGGAUUAAGAUGUGUGGCCUUCGUUACAACGCCUGGAUUCAGGACGACAGCCAGCUGUCCUCCAACCCACUCAUGACCCCGGACAUCCUGGGCUCCUCCACUGCCUCCGUCCACACUUACGUCAAAGCUACCUUUAAUGCAUUUAACAAAUGUAAGCGGGAAGGUUUCCGCCUGCAGACGGUGGACAAGGCGCCGCUAGCCAAGAGGAGGAAGAUGAAGAAGACGAGUACCAGCACAGAGACCCGCAGCAGCUCCAGUGAGAGCACCCAUUCCUCGUCCUCUUCCUCCCAGUCUCAGGGGAAGAUUUCCCCUGGGGACGACACCAACCCGCAGCCCUCCAACAGCACGCCUGUAAACACACCCGUUGCCCUGGAAACAGACAAACCAGCACACUCAGCCUUUGACUUCUCAGAAGGAUAGUGAGGGAACAAGCAGAAAAACAGAUUCCAACAGUUUGACGACCCGCAGGAUGGCUCAGACCAGCGUAGAGACGAUGAUCUUCUCUUCCUCUCUGUCCCCGGCUGCUCUCUGCCUCUGGCUCACCUGCAUGGACGUCCGCACGUCUCCAAAAACCAAGCAUGCAGCAGGAGCAUCAACCGUCACCUCAAUAUCAAUCAAUCAAUCAACCAUCUCUAGCAAUAGCCUAUUCCCUUUUUUCUGCCUCUCUCAGCUUCACACACAGACUGUAUCAAUCAGGGACUGGACCGAGAAGGAGUCGUCACCGGUGUCCAACAUGAAAAGGGCUGCCCUACUGCCCCAGGUCCAAACAGGCCAUGGAGAGACACGUUCAGUCUCGUCAUCAAAUCACAGCUCUAUCCCCGUCUGCUCUGUUUACCUGUCUCUGUCCGCGCCUCCAGAGGUUUUAAAAGGGAAAGUUGUAGUGUUUACACCUGGAUGCUUUGUAUUUUUCUGUCAAAAGAAGAGACGAAAAACAGCAAAAGGGAACGUGGGUCCACUUCUCUUUUCUGAGAAGUCUCUGCAAGAUGGAGCAAGAUAUUUAUAUGUGAAUUUUACAGACUGAAAUGUAUUUAUGAUAAGCUAUAUUGUUAACUUAUUCAUGGUUCAGACUGAUCUGAAAAGAAAUAAUGGAUAGUGAGUGUCUAAAAAAAACCCAGAUAUUUUGUGUUACUGUGUUUUCUCCCUAUCAGCUUGAAAGACUGUUUCCAUGUAGUCUAAUAAUGGUCAUUUAUACGUCUUGUAGUUCUCAUAGAUCAUUAACGCUUUAAGUAGGUUACUGAGACAUUUUAAGAUUAUUGUAGGCAAAAAGAGAUUAACACCGUUAGCUGUUUGGUAAUGGUUGUGUACCAGUUUGUCAAAUUCAUGUAACCAAAAUCCUUUAUUUAUAGAGUCGGUGGAUUUGGGGAUUUAACUGCAGCUUUUUGUAGUAGUUAAAAAGUAAAUGUCCUUGUUCACAAGGAUUAAAGAAGCUAAAUCUUUUUAUAAGAACAACCAAAUGGGAUGCAGGAUGUUCAACCAAAUCUGUGCUUUUAUUGUUGUAUGGGGAGCACUGCUGCCGGAUGGGACCUGACCCUACAAGCAGAGCUAAAUUUAGACUUUUUUUUUUUUUUUUUUUGCCUCUGAUGUGGGAGUACGACUACUUUCAAGGCUCAGCUUUUGCUGCUGCUCCACAUCGUCUGAUCCUCCAGUCAGUAUUUAGCCCAGCAGUGGAUUUGCCUUGUGUGGUGCAGGACUUAAUUGUCUCUUUAUAUCACUGCAUCUGAUUGGAUUGAGCAGAAAGUCCCCAUUGGAAAAUUCAGAUCAGCUUAGCGAGGGCGAGCAAUGGAGAAGAUCACGGUUGCGUUUUUGUGAGAUCCAAGAUGCCAUAGAGCAGCUUUAAGUGGCUUCCUUGUCUGUUCAGGUUUUUAAAAGAUAGGAGCGUUUUCUGUGCCAAAAAAUGCAGCUACAUAAGGAAAUAGUUUGUUGCUAUGAAUUAAAGUAGGACAGUUUACAGUAUGGUAGGAUUUUUUUUAAGACAAACUGCAAAAUUGGCCCUUUGAGUCUUUAAACUACUGCCAAAUUUGACCCUCUGCUCUGUUUACCAUGUUGUACUGCAUGAAUGAAAUGGUGAUCUUUGCACUGUUUGACAUCUUCACGUUGAUUCAGACAUCUGGUUAAUAUUAAGUCCCCAAUGCAUGACAUCACCUGAAGCAUCAACCUCCUCUCUUUCCUUUUUCAUUGGCUCUUUUAAGCAGUUUCUGACUUGAUUUAAUGCGAGUUGUUUGUAACUUGCACAUUUUAAAGUACCUGUUAAAAUGCAGGUAGUUUUACUGUUUGAGGUGUAAUAUAUUUAAACACCAAAACCCCAUUUUUACAAUAGUUUAAAUAUUGUAAUGUACCAAUGUUACAAUGCUGGUGUUAGCCAGGAUAGCUAAGCAAGUAAAUGCAAUGCUCUGUGAACUGUUUUUGCAAGUAUGUGUUUGUCUGUUUUCAUGGUACUAGUUCUGUAUUCUUUUGAUCUAUACAGGGGUAUUUGUGUUCAGUAUGUGACUAGUAACCGUUUCUCCUGCUCAUCCAGGAUACAAACAUCUUAGUUGGACUGAACUGUGUGCAUUUGAAAACACUCCCUCAUCUUCUUCCAUUUUAAUGCACUCUGAUCUGAACCAAAGCAUUAACUUCAAGGUAGCUGCUCUAAGCUGCAUGAGGAUUUUCCUUUCAUGCAAAUAUGCAAAGAAAUGCUUCAUAUGUCACCGUUUCUGUUUGUUUUAUUCCAAACUAGUGAAAUAUUUCUGAUGUCUCUAGCUGAGAUCAUUUUGUAACAGUGUACAGUAGUAUUCUUGAAGGAUCUAUUAUAUCCAUAUCCUGUGCAUUAUCAUGCUCAAAACUAUGCAUCCCUUUUCACUAUUGUGUUGCUUUUGCCAUUUCACUAAGACGCUAGUAAAUGGGUCCAAGGGUAAUGCUGAAGAGAGCACAACAAGUUGUACAUUUACUGUGCUUUUUAUUCCCAUAGCAUCAGCCACAAUAGAACUAGCAAAGUAGGAUCCACCAUAUGAAAAGCUGGAAACCUUGGGAGCUAAACACUACAAAGCUCUUGUCUAACCGAGUUUCGCAUGAGUUCCCCGCUGCUGCCUCAUUAAGUCUCUUUUCUUUUGUUUGGGUGUAUUAAUAGCUCAAGUGGAGGAAGAGGAAAAGUGUCCUAUAUCGAGCUUCCCUCUGGGAGCCGGGCUCUAUUAGCUGAUGUGCUGCAGUGCUGUUUGUUCCAAAGAAAAUACCGUACUCCACUCACUGCCUCCGUGGGACCCAGCUCACUUUGCUUUGGAGGGAAGAAAACAUGCAGGGUUGCUUUAGUAGCGAGGUCUCUUGGGGCUAAAUUUUAAACUUUUUCUUCCCCUUUGAUGAACAUUAGUUGGCGGGAGAGAGAAAGAGCAGUUUUGAUACGAUGUCCUGUUGUCUUUAAUACAUGUUUUACCUUGAAUAUGAAUGAAUAUGAAUUCCUUGCCUCUUCUCUUCCCCUCUAUACUUUUCUCUGCUUAAAUAGUUAAAAGCAACCCCACCUGCUCAGCUUAACAUAAGUACCUUUUCUGCUACAAAAAUGAGAGUCCUUGUUAUUUAAACUGUUAAACCAGUGGUGGCUGUUUUGGGUUAUUGAGUCCAAGGAUUGGACAUGCAGAUGUGUUCUGCUGUACGUCUGUCAGCUCUGUCAUCUUUAUGCUCAAGAGAUGUGGGUGCCAAAGCUCAAAGGGAAACAGCUCCUCAGUCAGGUUCUUUUGUGCAUGCUUUUUUAAGUGAAAGUGACAAUAUUUACAGCAGAUAUUAAGGCUCUUGUGGAAUCAUUUUUGGAGCUGUCCAGGGUGCUGAAGUGGCCAAAUGUUGCUGCAAAAAAGCAAGCCACUUUCUACAAUCCUUUCAAACAGUGAAUAUAUCAGCAGUUGUUCCGUAGUUUCCAAAAAGUACUGGAAAACAUAACGAAUGGGUUUGAGAAAACAAGUUGUUUUAAAGCCUUUUAUGUCCCUGCGAGGUCGGACUUUCCAAGUAAUAUCUUGUGAGUCAGUGUCGGAGGGGGCUGAAGACUUCACGUUUAAAAAUGCAUCUAAUCUGGAUGUGUUUAGUGUGUCGUCUGAAAAUAAAUGUUAAUAUGUCAUUAAUAGUAUAAAGUAAAAGUCAGUGUUUUGAGUUAUUGCUUUAAAGGGUCAGUUCAGUCAAGCUGAAAUAAAAAUGUGCUGUGAACAGUUUUCAUAUGAACCUUUUUCUCUUGGAGAAAGCAGGUAACAAAGAAAAAGGUGUUCACAGUUUUUUUUCGACUUUGUAAAGUAAUGUGGAUGACGUUUCUUACUACAAAAAAAACCCUUAAAAUAUAUAUUUUUUAAUAGCCAAAUUCCUUUCAACAUUAGUUAUUCUGGCCCUAAGCAGAAACUUCUUAGACCAGUGUGUCAUAAUCUACAACAUUAAACCAAAUAGAGAAAGAACUUUUGUAAAAGGGAAUAACACCUUUUGAUAAACUUGUGUGAAGUCUCUUAAAUACGGUAGAUGGUUCACAGCUAUUGAGCUGCUCCUUGGAAGUAUUUCUUCGUCUCUGGUGCGGUAGUCCGGAACAAACAUGCAGCAAGGAAGGACUCGCACUCAAAGAACAAAAGGAGUACAGACUGAAGAUGGAACAUAUUUGUAUUGAUUCAUAGAGGAAAAGAUAUACAGGACAUUCAGUCCAACCUUGAACGUUCUUCAGUCCAAUGUCGAUUAUAAGUCCUUUUUAAAAAGCUAUUUUGGGGAAUGAACUUACUCUCUUCUCACCUCCUCAAAGGUAAAUCUGAAUGGUUAUGUACAGAAUGGCAGGUUGGACACAGAAAGUUUUUAGUGUUGUAUUGAGGGAAACAUCAAUGGGUUUGUCUUUCAGUGCUCAUGCCAACUUUACACUUCAAGCAUCUUCAUCAUCUGCGUCUCCACCAAAUCCAUCAGCGUCAUGCAUGUGAUACAGCAACAACCCUGUCUGUAUAUUUCCAGUUUAUUCCCCAUCAUCUCCUCGUCAUAUUGUUACUGCAGCGUGUCAUAAAGUACUGUAGCAGUGAAUCCCUUUGAGAUCGGUCAAACUCGAUGUUUUAAAACACGCAAUCAAGCUUUAAGGGCAAAACUUUGCACUUGUAUGUUCUUUUAUUCAUUCAACUUAUUUAUGUUUUGUAAAAGAUGAAAAAAAAAAAUCCUUGUUGACUUUGUGCAGGUUCAGUUGUUCGAACCGUCUGUGUGGAUGUCGUCCAACAUUUCUAAAAAUAGAAACCUCAACACUGGAUACUACUUUGACUGCAAGUAUACAUUGUGUGCAUACCUGCUUUAUUAGGGCACUGUGAACAUCAUCAUUCAGGUCUUUAGGUUCAGCCUUCAUCUUUUAGAAAGACCUUGAUUUGCUUCAAUAAAUAUUUUAACUGCUGACUGAAUACAUCUGUACAUUUAAUAACCUGACAGUCAUACUGAGUCUGAAUGGAUCCUUGGGUUCAUAGUGAGCGUGUUGACAUCAUAACUGAGAUAUUUUGUGAUACCAGGGUUUGUGUGUUGUCAGAAUGACAAUAAAUGUACUACUUCAUGUUUCAUUGAUAACUCUUGACAAAUAAAUUAGGAAAACAACUUUUCA